CCGCGACGUCGCGGGGUCCGUGGUGGGAAGCGCAGGCCGCAGUGCAUUUCUCUGUCCUUGACAGCCCUUCGCGUCACCAUGGCUGCCCUGGCGGCUCUGCGCGGCGGCGUCCGCCGGCCUCUGCUUCGCGGGCUGCUGCAGGAAGUAAGAUGUCUGGAGCGAAGUUAUGCAUCCAAACCCACUUUGAAUGAAGUGGUUAUAGUAAGUGCUAUUCGAACUCCCAUUGGAUCCUUCCUGGGCAGCCUGGCCUCUCAGCCAGCCACCAAGCUUGGUUCUAUUGCAAUUCAGGGCGCGAUUGAAAAGGCAGGGAUCCCAAAGGAAGAAGUAAAGGAAGUCUACAUGGGCAAUGUCAUCCAAGGCGGUGAAGGGCAGGCCCCCACAAGGCAGGCAGCACUGGGUGCAGGUUUACCAAUUUCUACUCCGUGUACCACGGUAAACAAGGUUUGUGCUUCAGGAAUGAAAGCCAUCAUGAUGGCCUCUCAAAAUCUCAUGUGUGGGCAUCAGGAUGUGAUGGUGGCAGGUGGCAUGGAGAGCAUGUCAAAUGUCCCGUAUGUAAUGAGCAGAGGCGCAACCCCGUAUGGUGGGGUCAAACUCGAAGACCUGAUUGUAAAAGACGGGCUAACCGAUGUCUACAAUAAGAUCCACAUGGGAAACUGUGCUGAGAAUACUGCAAAGAAACUGAAUAUUGCACGAGGCGAACAGGAUACUUAUGCUAUCGGCUCUUACACCAGAAGUAAAGAAGCAUGGGAUGCAGGGAAGUUUGCAAAUGAAAUUACCCCCGUCACGGUCUCAAUAAAAGGUAAGCCAGAUGUGGUGGUGAAAGAAGAUGAAGAGUACAAGCGUGUUGAUUUUAGUAAAGUGCCAAAGCUGAAGACUGUGUUCCAGAAAGAGAAUGGCACAGUAACAGCUGCCAACGCCAGCACACUGAAUGACGGAGCAGCUGCUGUGGUUCUCAUGACUGCAGAUGCAGCCCAGAGGCUCAAUGUUAAGCCGCUAGCCCGAAUCGCAGCAUUUGCUGAUGCUGCUGUAGACCCUAUUGAUUUUCCAGUUGCACCUGCCUAUGCUGUACCCAAGGUUCUUAAAUAUGCAGGAUUGAAAAAGGAAGACAUUGCCAUGUGGGAAGUAAAUGAAGCGUUCAGUGUGGUUGUACUGGCCAACAUUAAAAUGCUGGAGAUUGAUCCCAAAAAAGUGAAUAUCCAUGGGGGAGCUGUUUCUCUGGGCCAUCCAAUCGGGAUGUCUGGAGCCCGGAUCGUUGUUCACUUGGCUCAUGCCUUGAAGCAAGGAGAAUUUGGUCUGGCCAGUAUUUGCAAUGGAGGAGGAGGUGCUUCUGCUGUGCUGAUUGAGAAGCUGUAGACAGCCUGUUUUAGGAGACAGUUCAUGUGACCAGAAACCUUGCUGACGUGAAUGUGACUCCCUUAAGCCAGCUUAUGUUCAACAUAAGCUACUUUGUUUUUUAUUAUUUUUUAUUAAAAUUAAAAAAAAUAAUCACAUCCAAAAACUUUUGAAAAUACAAAUAAAAAUUUUUCCUUUAAUUUUUUGGUAAACUUGAACAGUCUGACACUAUACUUGAAAUACCAAUGUAGGUGCUAGAGAUAUGGUUCAGCAGUUAAGAGCAUCUGUUGCUAGCCAGGGGACUUUGGCACAGCCUUUAAUUUAAAGCACUCAGGAGACAGAGGCAGGCAGAUCUUUAUUGAGUUCCAAGCCAACCUGGUCUACAGAGCUAGUCUCAUGACAGCCAGGGCUGCACAGAGAGACCCAGUCUUGAAAAAACAAAACAAAACAAAAAGAACAUCUAUUGUUCUUGUGGAAGAUGUUUGAUUCCCAGGACCCAUAUUUGGUGUUGCACAACCAGGGAGGUCUUGUCUUACACAGGAUGUUGCAGAUGCCAGAGAAAUGAGGUAUUAUUCUUCCUUUUCUCACUAGCUGCUGAUAUAAGUAAAGGGAAGCCAUCCUAGGAGACACUUUGUAAUGAGUUCUCUCCUGAUUAGAGCAGAGUAGAAGAUCCAGCAGUUUCACAUCUAAAUACACCAAAGAAAUAAAGUCACAGGUGGGUUCCUUCAGGAAGGCUGCUGAUCACCAUUACAACAGCAGUGACAAGGCUCCUCGACUUUCUCAAGCCCCCAAACCACCUGUUUAGCACCCAGCAGACUUCUCAUUCUGCCAUUAGAAUGAACAGAAUAAGACUGUGGCUGUUUGUGUUCUGUUUGUUUUUGAACUUUAAUCUUUGGGCAGUCAAAAUUGGUUUCAAAUAAAGUUAUGUGAGUACAAAUGAAAA